AUGCCGUCCAGGUACUGGGUCGUGGUGGUCGCUUUCUGGUUCGCCUACUUCUACGGCAAGCUCAGGGUCCAACCGCAUUUGCCUCGCCACCCCAUGGACCUCAAGUGGGACUCGUGGAACAGGCGCCUCGGGAUUCAGGUCGACUGCUUGGGGGUCGCCGACGUCGUCAACGGGAAGUCGGUGUUGCGAGCGCCAGAGUUGGAACUGGUAUUCAGGAGGAUUUGCGCCAGGUUGUUCUUUUUGGAGCGCGCCGGAUGGAGUGGAAGACGGGACAUCGAUUCCUACGUGAACUGGGCCUCCAGGGACAUGAACACCGUGCCCGAUUACCUCGUGAACGCGGCGAUGGGCACGCAUCAAAAUCACCAUUGGGCGAGCCAAGAUGCACUGCGGAAGCGCAUUCCCCAGCGGGUUAUCAAGAUCUACGUAGAUGGAGGACUUCGAGGUCUGCCUUCUGAUAGGCACCGGCUGGCGGCGAUCGGCUACGUCACCUAUGGGGCUCGGGGCGUUGAAGGGCACGAGGUCCACUACGAGGGGCUCGCGCUGAUGGGGGAGGCGAUCGAGGCGACCGCAGCCCCUCCGGCCGCCCCACCAGGGCUGGCGCCUGGCGCCCCUGCCGCCGGCGCCGACGCGGAGGGGACCUCCGGCUUGUCGCAGGCGCUGCACAACAUGCAGAUGGACGGCCUCAUCAUGGACCACGCGGGCGCACCCCUGGCCGCAGCGCACGCCAUGGCGUCCAUGGAGGUCGAAAGGGCCCCUGCUGCCGCCGGAGAUGGACCCGCUGCUCGGUUCGGUUCCCUUCGCUCUGAUCUUCUACGUGAAUGGUUUGAGGGGGAAGUUCUUCAGCACUUCCCGCUCGUCCACGCCUCCACCGUGACCGAGUUGCCCCAUGCUGACAUGCCAGUCCAGCUCCCUGACACCUUCGAGAAGCUGAGGGAACUCCUGACCAAGCUCGGCUACGCCCUGGACUGCGAGGACCCGUGGGCCGCCAUCGGCAUGGAGAUCGGCCUAGACACCUUGCACAAACUCCUGGGUCUCAUUCCGGAGGACGCCGUCGUGCUCACACAGUGGUCGAACGUCUUGAAAGUCCACCAUCCCCGCCUCGCUCCGGUGGCGGAGGCACGCGUUCUGGCCGAGUUGACAGAGAAAGGCGACGAUAAAUGGCUCGAUUUGGCGCGCGACAGAAACAUCGUGAUCUGGGCCCCCGCGGACGAUAAUGCGCUUACGCGAUGCCUCGCGGGUUUCCUUCGCCGGGCCAUGUCAGGUAUCUAUCCUUCGUCGGUCAUCUUUGUCACCGCCAUCCCGAAUACGGCAGGGUCCAACACGGUCAGCAGCAUCACGGAUCUCUGGUCGUCCCCGCUUCUUUCGGAAAGGUGGAGCCCCAUAGUUCGAGCUACUACCUACAUCCCAUUCCCGUUCGAGAUGGUGUCGUCCACGAGCAGCGGUACGCCACGGCAUUUUCGAAGUGGAUUGGGUAUCUUUUCUCUCAUGCAGGCGGGCCCCAUCAGCAUCCCGAAGGUUAUCCAUGUCGACGCGCUCAUGCACGUGGAUGAGGUUAAGACCAUCGUGGUCGACAUGCGGCUCGACCUCCUUACGGACUUCCUCAAACUGGCGCGGCUGGACAUUCUGGAGGGCCUCUCUUAUAGGACACACCGGAAGAGCCUGACCAGUACCCCUGAUGCCCCCCGCGUUGCGGUUGAGGUGGUUAUGGAUGCACGUUUGUCUGAACUUGAGUGCUUUGCGAUCUUGAAGCAUCUGCGUCGUCAUCACCUCCCUCACGACACGUUCUUCGGAUACAAGCACCUUGCAGGUGCCUCGGACGCUCUGCUGCUCGAGUGCGGUGACUCUCGUCUCUUUCGGCACUUUUGGCCCCUCUGUACACAGAUGCUUACAAUUGGCCCCUCUCGCUUCCUCGUGUACACGGAGGCCCUGAUGGACACGUGGACGGAGGUGAUGCAGCAGGUUUUCUCGGACAACACCAUCAGCGGCGCCACCCGUCUCCGCUGCCGCCCCUCCCAUCACGGCGGCCGGACUCUCGCCACGCCAGCGGCCACUACAACACAGUUGACGACGAACAGGCGACGCAGCGGGAAGAAGUGCGGACCUGGGGACCUCGUGGCCGAGAUCGCGCCGCGCGGCGACCUGGGCAAAGCGGAGGACGUCGUUUUGGACUCACUCAUGAAGCACGCCUGUGACAGCGUGGGCCUUUCUUUCACCAAGGCCGCGGAUCCAGCCCGGCCGAAGGCUGGCGAGUACUACCACAUGCCCGCUUGCCCUCCUCGCACGCCGGCUGGGGCCCUGAAGGUCUUGGCGCAGACCCAUGGCGACAUCCGCCGGCUAUAUGCUGCGCUACAUGGGCAAUCCAUCCUGGUGGGCACGGACCACGUCGUGGUGGAGGUGAAGAACGACUUGGUUGAGCUGCAAAUCCAGCAGG